GGUUUCCAUGGGUUCUUCGAACUGUGUUGGUCAAGACGAUGAAUUGGCCCAUAAAUUGCAAAAUGUCUCUCUUCUAUCCAAAGAGAACUCCUUUAUUGAUCUGGGUCGGAGCGACAUCAAAAUUAGUGCGGAUGAAUGUAAUCGCAGUCUGUUCGGAAAGAUUAUCGGCGACAGAGUUACCAGCUGGAUCGGGGUUAAAAGAGCUAUGAGUCACAUAUGGAAGCUCAGUCAGCCGAUGGAAAUCAAGGAAUUGGGUACUAAUUACUAUCAGUUCAUUUUUGAGAGCAAAGAGGACAAAGACAAGGUAGCAAAGAGGGUUAACUGGACGUACGAUAACCAGUACCUUAUCCUCUCAGAAUGGAAACGGGGCCUUUCGAUCAAUCAUUCCAUCUUCAAAGAGCUUAACCUUUGGGUUCAAGUGUUCAAUAUUCCCCUAGAUUGGCUUAGUACUGAAGUUGGUCUGAAAAUAGGGAAAGUUUUCAAACAAGUGAAGAAUGUGGUUAUUGUGGGUGCAGGCAGCCAUGGUGGCAGAAUAAUGAGAUUGCUAGUUACAGUAGACCUUCAAGAACCUUUACCCCGUUGUGCUAAUCUCAGACUGGAUGAUCAAGCAGUGAGUGUGGGUUUCAAAUAUGAAAGGCUAAUGAACCUCUGCCAUUACUGCGGCUUCAUAGGGCAUUUGGAUAGAGCCUGCUCAAUCAGACUCGAUGACAUUAAAUCUCACUCCCUACAUGAAGGCCAAUAUGGAGCUUGGAUGCGAGCUACUGAUUUCAACAGAUGGGCAGGCCAACAUUCUGCUGGUUCUCAAAGUCCUCCUCACACUGAUAGUCCAUCAUCUCCAGUGAACUCAGAAUCUCAUGACCCAUUAGCCAAAUCCUCUGGGCCUGGCAACAACAAAAUUCUCUCUAUUGAAGGUUCUCCUUCCCAACUCAUUAGACAAGACUCUGAAGCUUCAACCUCCCAACCGGUCAAGACCAUGUCUAAAAUAAACCCUCAGCAUCAUCUGGGGGUAUCUUCUUCUUCAAAUAUGGUGCCAGAGAAUACACAGCCUGAAAUACAAGACCUCAGUAAGGAAAUGGAAAUAGAAGAUGUCUUGACAAAUGCUGCUAUGGAAAAAUCCAUCCAAAUCUCAGUUGCUG